AUGUCAGAAGAAAUAGAUUAUUCAACACUACCCUUAGAAGAAAGAUUAGAACAUAAAGUUUGGAAAGUUAGAUUAGGAGCUUAUGAAGAAUUAAGUAAACAAUUUGAAAAUUCACGUAAUCAACAAGAUCAAAUUUUUAAUAUAUUAUCAUCACCAGACUUAAUCAAAAAAAUAUUAGUUGAUUCAAAUGUUGUAGCUCAAGAAGCUGGAUAUAAAUGUUUUAUCAAUUACUUAAAAUUUGGAGGUUCACAACAAUUGAUUAAUCGACUUGUUAAAAAUGGAAUUAUACAACCAAUUUGUGAAAAAGGUUUAUCAUCUUCAAGAAAAGGAACUAAAGAUAAUGCAAUUGAAAGUAUUUUAGUGAUGAUUGAAUAUAUAAAUGAACCUUCUGCAAUGAUUGAAGAUAUUACCCCAAACUUGAAUAAUAAAUUACCAAAAUUAGUCACAAGUUGUGUUUCAUGUUUAGUUUCAAUUUAUGAAAAUUUUGGUUGUAAGAUAAUAUCACCAAAUUUAAUUAUACCUUCAUUACCAAAAUUAUUUGCCCAUGCUGAUAAAAAUGUUAGAGCUGAAACUACAAAAUUAACAGUUGAAUUAUAUAAAUGGAUGAAAGGCUCAUUAUCUGAUAUAUUAUUUCCCGACUUGAAGCCAAUUCAACAAAAAGAUUUAACUACAGCUUUUGAAAAGAUUGCAAAUGAACCACACCCACAACAAAAGAGAUUAACCAAUUUACAAAAAGAAGAACUAGCAGCAAAAGAAUCACAAUCAGUUUCAGAAGAUGUUGAAAUGAGUGAUGUUACAGUUGAGGAAGAAAUAUAUGAUCCAUUGCAAUUUGUUGAUCCAAUUGAAGUUUUAUCUAAAUUACCACCAGAUUUUGAGACAAGAAUAUCAUCUUCAAAAUGGAAAGAUAGAGUUGAAGUCUUGGAAGAAGUACUUUUGAUAUUACAAAAAACUCCAAAAUUAAUUACAACUGAUGAUUAUGCACCAAUUUUUAGAACUUUUGCCAAAAAUAUGAAAGAUGCUAAUAUACAAGUUGUUCAGUUAGCUGCAAACUGUUCAAAUCUUAUAGCUAAAGCUUUAGGUCCAUCUUUUACAAAAUAUCAAAAUUUAAUUUUAACUCCAGUAAUUGAAAGAACCAAAGAAAAAAAACCGAGUGUUGCAAAUGCAUUGAGUGAAUUUUUAGAUACUAUGUUUAACAUAUCUGGUUUAAGUGGUUCAAUAUUAGAAGAAGCAAUUGCAGGUAUGAAAUUGAAAGUACCUCAAAAUAAAAUUUCAUCAGCUAAUUUUCUACAAAGAUGUUUAGCAAAUACCACCAAAGCUCCAAAAUCUAAUGAAAUUGAUUCAAUAAUGGAAAUAGGUGUCAAAUUAUUAUCAGAUUCUCAAGAACCAAUAAGACAAGCAUCUACUGAAUUAAUCGGAACAUUAAUGAAAAUUACUGGAGAAAGAGAGUUAAAUAAAUUUUUAGAAAACACGGAUGAUAAUAGAAAAGCCAAGAUUAUGAAAUUCUAUGAAACUGUUGAAGUUAAAUGUUCAAAAUCCAGUGCUCCACCAACAAGAGAUUCUUACUUAAAGAAACCGAUUUCACAAAUGUCAAGAACAACUUCAUCAAUACAAAGUAGUAGAACUUCUUCAUCAACAUCAACAAUCCCUUCAAAAAGAAGUGCAACCUCUCCAGCUAAAAGAAAAGAUGAUAUAAAAGCAAGUAAUAUAGGAAAGGGAUUAACAACAUCUCGAUCAUUAGCUAAACCAACAACCCCAAAUUUAAGAGCACCAAAAUCUACUUCUGCCACUUCCACAUUAGCAAAACCAAUUGAACAACUACAGCCACAGAUACAAAUCAUAAAAGGAUUUGAUGAAGCAAAACAAAAAGAAUUAGACCAAUUAAAAUUAGAAAUACAAAAUUACAAAAAUCAACACUUAUCAAAUCAAUCUAUCCUUAACAAAUAUGAAGAGGAAAAUAAAUUUUUACAAUCAGAAAUUAAAAAUUUGAAAUCGAAUUUUGAAAACGAAAUUAGAUCAAAUAUGAUAACUAUAAAUCAUAAAGACACUCAAUUAAAUAACUAUAAGAUUGAAAUUGAUAAAUUAAAUCAUAAAAUUAAAGAUUUGGAACAAGAAAAAGAAAUUAAAACAUUACAACAAUCUAAUCAACUGUAUUUUGCAAGUGGUAGAUCAUCUUUCCAACAACAACCCACUCAACAACAACAACCAUACACUAAUGAAAUAAGUUCUGGAGUUAAAAGAUUAUCAAUUGGACAUCUAAAUGGUAAUGAACUUCAAAGCAAAGAAUCCUCAAAUAUAUCUGAAACUACAAAUAAUCUAUAUAACAGAUCAUCCAAUUCUUUUAAGCCAAUUACAAAAAGGGAAAAUAUGGAUAUUGAUUCUGGUGAUGAUUGGAAAAGAGCUGCUGAGGUUACUUCUCAAUUAAAAGCAAGAAUUGAGAGAAUGAAAGCAAGAGCUAGAACUCCUCUAAAUGUUGAAUAA